GCCCGUACGGGAGCCCGGGCUGACAUGGAGCCUGCUGUACCCCUAUGCAGUCCGCGUUACCCCAACAUGAAAUAAACACCCGCCCCAAUCCGUCUCCAUGCAGCCCGUGUUAAGCCAUUAAAAGCCAUAAACAUGCUGGGCAUGUACGUGCCAGACAGAUUUUCCCUGAAGUCUUCCCAAGUCCAAGACGGGAUGGGGCUGUACACCAGCAGGCGAGUGAAAAAGGGGGAAAAGUUUCGUCCUUUUGCUGGUGAAAAGCGGAUACCUAAUGAAGUGGAUGAAAACAUGGAUAACAGACUAAUGUGGGAGGUCCGUGGAAGUAAAGGAGAGGUACUGUAUAUUUUAGAUGCAACAAACCCACGCCAUUCCAAUUGGUUGCGCUUUGUCCAUGAGGCACCAUCCCAAGAGCAGAAGAACCUGGCAGCUAUUCAGGAAGGGGAGAAUAUAUUCUAUUUGGCUAUUGAUGACAUAGAAACUGACACUGAGUUACUAAUUGGCUACUUGGAUAGUGACAUGGAGGAAGCUGAAGAAGAGAAUGAAGAAAUCAGCAAUGUUUGCAUCAAAGAAGAUGAUGAAAAUCACAAAGAUACACAGCAGUCUGGAGAAAAAGAGUACUUUAAAUGUAAAGAAGACCAUGGCUGCCCUCUCUGUGAGUCUAGUUUCCCCAGUCAGGAGAUUCUAGCAGAACAUCUUCAAGCUCUUCACCAGAAGCCAAGUGAAGAAAAGGAGUUUAAAUGCAGGAAUUGCGGCAAAAAAUUCCCAGUGAAACAGGCUCUUCAACGACAUGUGCUUCAAUGUGCAGAUAAUAUCAUCUCUGGAGACUCUUCUGGGAGUUAUCACUGUUCAAUCUGCAGUAUUUCCUUCGGCUCAGCGUUGAGUUUUGAACAGCAUAAGGAAGCAUGCAAAGGAGAAACCAGGUUUAUCUGUAAGGCUGACAGCUGUGGAAAGAGGUUCCGAAGCAAAGAUACACUGAAGAAGCACAAAGAAAAUGUUCAUUCGGGGAACUCUAGAAAAAGGCUGAUGUGUACUGUCUGUAACAAGAAGUGUUCUUCAUCAGUCAACCUCCAAGAGCAUAGAAAGGUUCAUGAAAUUUAUGAGUGUCAGGAUUGUGACAAGAAAUUUAUUUCAGCAAACCAACUUAGACGGCAUAUGAUAACCCACUCAGAAAAGCGCCCUUACACCUGUGAGGUUUGCUGUAAAUCCUUCAAACGACUUGAUCAAGUCACAGCACACAAAAUUAUACACAGCGAAGACAAACCUUACCAAUGCAAGCUCUGUGGAAAGGGAUUUGCCCACAGAAAUGUUUACAAGAAUCAUAAGAAGACCCAUUCUGAAGAGAGACCAUUCCAGUGCGAGGAAUGCAAGGCUUUGUUCCGCACUCCGUUCUCAUUGCAGAGGCACCUGCUAAUACAUAACAGUGAACGCACAUUUAAAUGUGACCAUUGUGAUGCCACAUUCAAAAGAAAGGACACGCUAAAUGUUCAUAUUCAAGUUGUACAUGAUGGUCACAAGAAGUACAAAUGUGAUCUUUGUGACAAAGCCUUUGUGACCCCAUCAGUGCUCAAAAGCCAUAAAAAAACUCACACAGGGGAAAAAGAAAAGAUUUGUCCAUACUGUGGCCAGAAGUUUGCUAGUAAUGGGACCCUUCGUGUUCAUAUACGGAGUCACACUGGUGAGCGCCCCUACCAGUGUCCUUACUGCGAUAAAGCGUUCAGUAAGAAUGACGGGCUAAAGAUGCACAUUCGGACUCAUACAAGGGAAAAGCCAUACCAGUGCACCCAGUGUAACAAGGCUUUCAGCCAGAAACGGGGACUGGAUGAGCACAUGAGGACCCAUACGGGAGAAAAGCCAUUCCAGUGUGAUGUAUGCGAUCUGUCAUUCAGCCUUAAAAAGAUGUUGAUCCGACACAAGCUGACUCACAACCCGAACCGUCCGAUGGCAGAGUGUCAGCUCUGCCACAAGAAGUUUACAAGAAACGACUACCUCAAAGUGCACAUGGAGAAUGUGCAUGGGGAAACUGAGAGUUAAUUCGCAGAGGCCAGUAUUUAGAACAAAUAUGUGAAAUCGAGUCUUACCCAUUUCCAAAUCCUUAGUAUCCUAGCCUGUUGGAAAUAUUGUGUAUACGGAUAGGCAUUUUUUGGGACCAACACAAUGUGCUGAAUUAUUGCUUAAUGUGUUUGAUGAAGAGGUGGCACUUUAAACACUUUGUGUUAUAUGUCUUAAAAGCGCUAGAUGCCAUUAUGUAUGUUCUUUUCAAUGUACCCAGAAUUGUAAAA